AUGGGGGACCCCACGUCCCGGAGGGGCUCCCAGCGCCCUGGGCAGCCGCAAGGCAGCUGGGAGCAGGCCGAGGAAUACGGCGAGGAAUACGGCGAGGAUGAGCAGGACCUGAUGGGCGGCCCGGCGUACCAGGCCGGCAUGCCCAUGUACCCGGCCUACCCGGGGGAGGACGCAGGUAUGGGCGGCCUGGACUACCCAGGCAUGGACAUGGGCUACGCCCCCGAGUACCAGCCCCUCGCCUACCAGGGAGCCGAGUUCGCCAGCGGCCUUCCCAUGAGCCCGGGCCUCUACCAGCCCAUGGAGUCUCCUUACCAGGAGCCGGGGGUCGGCCUCCUCACCCAGUACAACCUGUACCCCGACGACGACCAGGAACUCGAAGAAAGCCCGCAGCACGGGCCCUACCUGAGGGACGACCCGACGCUGGGGCCCUCGGAGCCGGCCUUCAUGUCCUUCACCAGGGACGUGCCGGAGCCUGAGCCUCGUGAGCUGGCCGUGCAGAACGCCAAGGCCUACCUGCUGCAGACCAGCGCCAGCUGCGACCUCAGCCUGUACGAACACCUGGUGAACCUGCUGACCAAGAUCCUCAACGAGCGGCCGGAGGACCCGCUGUCCAUCCUGGAGUCUCUGAACCGCACCGCGCAGUGGGAAUGGUUCCACCCCAAACUGGACACGCUGCGGGACGACCCUGAACUGCAGCCCACUUACGAGAUGGCGGAGAAGCAGAAGGCGCUGUUCCUGCGGACCAGCACUGGCGGGGAGGGCGAGCAGGAGAUGGAAGAAGAGGUGGGUGAGACCCCGGUGCCCAACAUCAUGGAGACGGCCUUCUACUUCGAGCAAGCGGGCGUGGGGCUGAGCGCCGACGAGAGCUUCCGCAUCUACCUGGCGCUGAAGCAGCUGGUGGAGCAGCAGCCCAUCCACACCUGCCGCUUCUGGGGCAAGAUCCUGGGGCUGAGCUGCAGCUACCUGGUGGCCGAGGUGGAGUUCCGGGAGGGCGAGGAGGAGGGCGAGGAGGAGGAGAUAGAGGAGAUGCUGGAGGGCGAGGCGCUGGAGGGGCACGAGGAGGAGGGCGAGGAGGACGAGGAGAAGGAGGUGGACACGGUCCCCAAGCCCCAGUGGAAGCCGCCGCCCACCGUCCCCAAGGAGGAGAGCCGCACGGGGGCCAACAAGUACCUGUACUUCGUGUGCAGCGAGCCGGGCCGCGCGUGGACGCGGCUCCCGCACGUGACGCCUGCGCAGAUCGUGCAGGCCCGCAGGAUCAAGAAGUUCUUCACCGGCCACCUGGACGCGCCCGUCACCAGCUUCCCGCCCUUCCCGGGCAACGAGGCCAACUACCUGCGCGCGCAGAUCGCCCGCAUCUCCGCUGCCACGCACAUCAGCCCGCUCGGCUUCUACCAGUUUGGGGAGGAGGAGGGUGACGAGGAGGAGGAGGGUGGCGCCGGACGCGACUCCUUCGAGGAGAACCCCGACUUCGAAGGCAUCCCCGUGCUCGAGCUCGUGGACUCCAUGGCCAACUGGGUCCACCACACCCAGCACAUCCUGCCACAGGGCCGCUGCACGUGGGUGAAUCCUUUGCAGAAGACAGACGAGGAGGAGGAGCUGGGGGAGGAGGAGGAGAAAGCGGAUGAGGCCAUGGAGGAGGUAGAGCAGGAGGUUGGGCCUCCACUGCUGACCCCACUCUCGGAAGAUGCUGAGGUCAUGCACAUGUCACCGUGGACUACCCGCAUCUCCUGCAGCCUCUGCCCUCAGUACUCCGUGGCCGUGGUCCGCUCCAAUCUCUGGCCGGGGGCCUAUGCCUAUGCUAGUGGCAAGAAGUUUGAGAACCUGUACAUCGGCUGGGGUCACAAAUACAGCCCUGAGAACUUCAACCCUGCCCUGCCGGCCCCCAUUCAGCAGGAAUACCCCAGCGGCCCCGAGAUCAUGGAGAUGAGCGACCCCACGGUGGAGGAGGAGCAGGCGCUGAAGGCCGCUCAGGAGCAGGCCCUGGCGGCGGCUGAGGAGGAGGAGGAGGACGAAGAGGAGGAGGAGGAGGAGGAUCUGGAGGAUUGA